AUUCCUGAUACAAGGAAGACUGAGAAUCGAAAGCGUCCAGCCUGUGGACUUCUGGUGAGGAGCCAUCAAAGGCACUAUUGUUUGGGAAGGGGCCUUGGUCCCGAAUGCCCACUGAGGGACGUAGACUCACAAGGCAGUCACCUCAAAUGCCCUUAUGCUCUUUCGACGACACACAUCCCUCUUGACUAUGUACCAGCAAUGAACCCCAAGAGCCUGCUUUAGGACAUCUGCUUAUUCAAGUGGGGCCCUGCUGAAGGAAGGAUAUCCCACCCAAAGCAAUGACUCAGCAUGAAUCAUCUGUUGUUGACCUCUGACCUGAAGCCACUCUCCAGGCCCUUCACCAUUAACAGCACUAGAAAAUGACCCCUCCCCUCCUACCUGACAGGAGGGAGUGUUCCCACAUCUGGAAGGGGAUCCCAUGGGGAAGACGGUGACAGUGGCCAAGUAGGGGGAUCCUGCCCCGGACACCCCGGCUCAUGGCGGCUUGGGGAGAGGCUCUGGGAAAGGACCCCGAAGCCCCUUGAACUCAUUUGCGAACGGAUAGCUCGAAGCCCCUACUGCCGACCCCUGACCCUCGCCCCGGAAGUUGGGAUGACUCGGAAGUUCCGGCUUAGUCGCUAGGAAACUGGCCAGCUCGACGUGAGGGGCGGAGCUUCUGGCCUCUGUGCGUUGCAAGUGGCAGGUGAGGCAGGAGAAUGAGCAGUAAGAAGGGGGGGCCCAAAGCUGCACCAGGGAAGAGGCAGGCGCCCCUCCCUGGGUCCAAGCUUCGAGCUGCUGCUGGGAAGCCGGGAGAGAAUCGCCAGCUGCAGACGAAGACAGGUCAGCCGGCCAGAGGGGCCUACUCUGAGAACCCCAAGGUCCCUGCAGCCCCAACUGCUGAGGACAAAGCCGCCACUGUCAUCCAGUGUGUCUUCCGGCAACAUCUGGCACGAAAGGAGCUGGCGCGCCGUCGGCAGGAGCGCCAGGAGUACCUGGAUGAAAUGGAGAAGCUGCAGAGAGAGGCCUACCUGGCCUUGGUGCGCCGAGAGCAGGAGGCAGCACGGCGGCAGCGCGAGCAGGAGGAGGCCGCAGAGCGCGCACGGCGGGAGGAGCUGCAGCGCCGCCACCGCCUGCUCGAGGCCGCCUUCGAAGGGGACCUGGGCGAGAUCCGCGCAGUGCUUAAGGAGGUGGAUCAGCUGCUGACGCGCGAAGGCGUGGGCCACGACGAGGCGGGCAAGGCUCUGCGGCUGCAGAGGCGCGUGGCCACUGUGGAGUGCGAGGACAGCCACGGGAACACGCCUCUGUCGGAGGCGGCGGCGGGCGGGCAGCCCUUGGCCAUCCAGCUGCUGGCAGAGCUGGGCGCCAGCCCCAACAGCAAGGGCGCCUUCGGCCGCACACCGCUCUACCGGGCAGCCUUUGGGGGUCACCUGGAAGCCGUGGAGGUGCUUCUGAAGCUCGGAGCAGACCCCCGGGUGUACGCAGAAGACGGGAGCACUCCGGAGCAGGUGGCCUCACUGGCUGCAGUGGCCAGCGUGCUGCAGUCGUGGGACCUGAGCCUCACAGAGGCUAUGCUCCAGAACAUGGAGGCUGAGCAGCAGCGCAGGGCCCAGGAGGUCCAGAAGCACAAGGAGACGGAGGCUAAGCGCCUCAACCUCAAGGUGGAGCAGCUGGCUAAGGAGCAACAGAGGUGUCACAAGGAGCUGCAGCAGGCCUAUUGCGAGCUCAAUCGGAGGAUCAUGGAGCACGACAAGUGUGAGAGGAAGCGCAUGGGCAAGACUGAGCUCACGCUGCAGGCCAUCAAGGACGCAGAAGCCCAAGUGGACAGGUUGCGGCAGGAGGCGCAAAAGGCUGAAGAGACCCUGGCGAUGGCCAGGCUGGAACUGCGGGAGCAGACCCAGGAGGAAGAAGAGAUGGCAGCCCCUGGGCUGAAGUGCAAGGUCACAGAGCUUCACGACGUGCUGAUGAAGGACGUCGGUGACCGAAUCCGAGCUGAUGGACGGUGGCCUCUUGUCAUCGACCCUUCUGGUCAGGCAGCCACUUUCCUGAGAUACCAGGACACCAACUAUGUGGACACCGUAAACCCAGAGCAUUUGAGACCUGAGACAAUUCGGCUGGCUCUGCUGGGCGCACUCAGGUAUGGGAAGCCACUGGUGUUCGACCUGCGUGAAGUGGACCUGUUCUCAGCCGUACAGCAGCAGCUGGAGGCGGUACAGCCUGGCCUGGCCCAGGCACUGCUGAGCCGUGGGCUGCUGGCCCAGGAAGGUUACCUGUCACUGAUCAGGCCCACGGAUGGGGCCGAGUACGACCCCUCGCAGUUCCAGGAGGCGCGCUUACAGCACUUCCGCAUCGUCUUUGUCACCCGCGUGCAGUGGCCGCCAGCUGAGCAGCUGCAGCUCCUGCUCCCAGUGCGUGUGCAGCUGUCCAGUGGAGUCUAGCCACACCCCAAUAAAGCAUGUGCCCCAGG